AUUUUAUUUUUAUUUUUCCGCUGCAGAUUUCUUCGUUGUGAGGACUAAGUGCCUCUUCACUGUAGGUGUCAAAUAAAAGGGGCAUUAAUUCUCCACAUAAGAAGGGAGUGCAGUACAUAUGAACCCCUUCUGCUACGAAACCCCGUGGAAGACGGCUGGCCUUGGCACGGCGCAUAGCAGGCAGCAGCCGGCGUUGAGAAGGGGAGCGGCCGAUCUUCUGAUCGAUUUGUUAGGCUUUUAGGCAUAACGAAGAAGCUAGCAGGAGUUAUUAGUUUAUCAUGGAUCAGCCACUAUUGGACCGUGCAGCUUCUUCCUCGUCUAAGGCCACAGGCAGUAGAGCAGCUUUCACAGAUGCUGGAUUCUUUAGUGUUAUCACUUUUUCUUGGAUGGGGCCGUUACUUGAUCUUGGAAGGAGGAAAGCACUAGAUCUUGAUGAUGUGCCAACUUUGGAUGAUAAUGACAGUGUUCAAGGCAUCCUCCCUAACUUUGAGGCGAAGCUCAUCUCAGUUUCUGGUUCAGGGAAGUACACCGGUGUUACAACAAUUAAGCUGGUCAAAGCUCUUGUUCUUACAACCUGGAAAUUAAUCCUCUUCACUGCAGUUUGUGCCUUACUCCGUACUGUCUCUUCAUAUGUUGGUCCAUACCUGAUUGAGUACUUUGUUGAUUACCUGAAUCGAAGUCCACGGACCGCUAAAGAAGGCUACAUUUUGGUGUUGAGUUUUGUUGUUGCGCAGUUCAUCAAAGGCCUCUCAUCAAGGCAUUUGCUCUUCAGAUCGCAACAACUUGGUGUGCGGGUGCGCUCAGCUCUUGUCGCCAUCAUUUACCAAAAGGGUCUCUCCCUCUCAAAUCAGUCCAGGGAAAGCAUUUCAAGUGGAGAGAUCAUCAAUGCCGUGAGCGUUGAUGCGGUGCGUGUCGCGGGUUUCAAUUCGUCCAUGCAUGAGCUUUGGUUGUUUCCUGUGCAGGUUAUUCUAGCAAUGCUGAUCCUAUACUCCACUCUUGGUUUGGCAGCAUUUGCAGCCCUUGCUGCCACUGUUUUGACAAUGUUAGCAAAUCUACCUAUAGGGAGGAUCCAGCAAAAUUACCAAGAGAAAAUGAUGGAUGCCAAGGAUGCUAGAAUGAGGGCUAUGUCUGAGAUGCUGCGGAACAUGCGCAUUCUCAAGCUUCAAGGAUGGGAAAUGGUCUUCUUGUCGAAGAUCAUGGAGUUGAGGAAGGAGGAGAUGCAUUGGCUAAAGAAAGAUGUAUACACCUCAGCUAUGCUUAUAUCUGUCUUCUUUGGAGCUCCUGCUUUUAUUGCUAUGGUCACCUUUGGAACUUGUUUGCUUCUAGGCAUUCCAUUAGAAACAGGGAAAGUAUUGUCUGCUCUAGCAACGUUUAGGCAGCUACAAGGACCAAUCAAUAGUAUCCCAGACACAGUCUCUGUGAUCAUCCAGACAAAAGUAUCACUUGACAGGAUAUGCUCUUUUAUGCACCUCGAGGAACUAUCGAGCGAUGUUGUAACUAAACUUCCAAGAGGUACAACUGAUGUAUCGAUUGAGGUGAGGAACGGUCAGUUCUCUUGGAACACAUCUUCUGAGGUUCCUACUCUCCGAAAUUUGAACUUCCGUAUUCGACAAGGAAUGAGGGUUGCUAUCUGUGGAACUGUUGGAUCUGGAAAAUCAAGUUUGUUGUCAUGCAUACUCGGUGAGAUACCGAGGUUAUCAGGAGAUGUUCAAACAUGUGGUAGGAUUGCCUAUGUUAGCCAAUCGCCAUGGAUACAGAGUGGGACAAUUGAACAUAACAUACUUUUUGGCACAAAACUGCAUAGGGAAAGGUAUGAAAAGGUCCUUGAAGCAUGCUGUCUUAAAAAGGACUUGGAAAUAUUACCAUUAGGUGAUCAGACAAUUAUAGGAGAGAGAGGCAUUAACCUAAGUGGCGGACAAAAGCAAAGGAUACAAAUUGCACGUGCUUUGUAUCAAGAUGCAGAUAUCUUUCUGUUUGAUGAUCCCUUCAGUGCUGUUGAUGCUCAUACUGGGUUGCACUUGUUCAAGGAGUGCUUACUUGGACUCUUAGCUUCAAAAACUGUAGUGUAUGUUACCCACCAUGUCGAAUUUUUGCCAUCAGCCGAUGCUAUCAUGGUCAUGAAAGAUGGACAAAUAAUACAAGUUGGGAAUUACGCUGAAAUACUUAAUUCUGGAGAAGAGUUCACAAAAUUAGUAUUUUCCCAUAAGGAUGACAUUUCUACUCUAGAAAGUUUAGAACACUCAAGUGGCAAUCCCGAAAGUAGUCUUAUUCCUGGUGACAGUGGAAGUAUGCUUUUCAGACAAGAUAAGCAAAAGGAUGAAAAUGAAGGAGCAGAAGGGAUUGUUCAAAAUGGUCAGUUGGUACAAGAAGAAGAAAGGGAGAAAGGGCGGGUUGGGAUUUCUGUCUAUUGGAAAUAUAUUACAAUGGCAUAUGGUGGAGCACUUGUGCCGCUUAUUUUGCUCGCUCAGAUAAUUUUUCAAGUUCUUCAAAUUGGAAGCAAUUUUUGGAUGGCUUGGGCUGCUCCAAUAUCCAAAGAUGUGAAUCCUCCAGUCAAUAGCUUGAAAAUGGUACUUGUAUAUGUUGCGUUAGCUUUUGUGAGCUCGUUAUUCAUUUUCAUAAGAUCCCAUCUUCUUGUCAUGGCUGGAUGUAAGACUGCAAUGAUGCUAUUUGAUAAGAUGCAUCGAUGCAUAUUCCAGGCUUCAAUGUCUUUCUUUGACUCCACUCCUAGCGGUCGAAUCUUGAACAGAGCUUCUAGUGAUCAAAGCACAGUGGAUACCAGCAUUUUUGACCUGAUGGGAUAUGUUCUAUUUCCUGUUAUCGAACUUCUUGGAACAAUUAUUUUAAUGUCACGGGUAGCAUGGCCAGUCUUCGUAAUUUUUGUCCCAAUUAUUGCAGCAUCUCUGUGGUAUCAGCAAUAUUACAUAGAUGGUGCUAGGGAGUUGCAGAGGUUGACUGGAGUUUGCAGAGCUCCGCUGAUGCAACAUUUUGCUGAAUCAGUAGCUGGAUCAAAUAUUAUUAGAUGCUUUGGCAAGGAAAGACAGUUUAUCAAUUAUGUCAGUCAUUUCAUGGAUAAUUUAUCUAGACCAAGUUUAUAUAAUUCUGCUUCAAUGGAAUGGUUGUGCUUUCGCUUGGACAUUCUUUCAUCCUUUAUCUUCGCAUUUGCCUUGGUACUUCUGGUCACCUUGCCAGCUGCUCUAAUUGACCCAAAGACAGCUGGUCUUGCAGUCACUUAUGGAUUAAGUCUGAACAUGUUGCAAGGGUGGGCUAUUGCAGUGCUCUGUAGUUUGGAAAAUAGAAUGAUAUCCGUUGAAAGAAUUUUUCAAUACAUGUUUAUUCCUUCUGAACAACUCCUUACAAUAUCAAAAAGUAGACCAAACUGCCAGUGGCCGACAAAUGGUGAAAUUGAGCUUCGCAACCUCCAUGUAAGGUAUGCAACACAAUUGCCUUUUGUUUUGAAAGGCCUUACUUGCACUUUACCCGGAGGGUUGAAGACCGGCAUCGUUGGAAGAACUGGCAGUGGCAAGUCAACCUUGAUUCAAGCGCUAUUCCGUAUUGUCGAGCCAUCUAUUGGGCAAGUGUUGAUAGACGGCCUUGAUAUCUGCACCAUUGGACUACACGACCUACGGACAAGAUUGAGUAUCAUUCCACAAGAUCCUGUGAUGUUUGAGGGGACCCUACGAAAUAACAUUGACCCUUUGGAGGAGUACAGCGAUGAACAAAUUUGGGAGGCAUUGAACUCUUGUCAUCUUGGCGAUGAAGUUAGAAAGAAUGAGCUCAAGCUUGACUCUGCAGUUACAGAAAAUGGCAACAACUGGAGUGCAGGUCAGCGCCAGCUUGUUUGUUUGGGAAGGGUAGUUCUAAAGAAGCGAAAGAUCUUGGUUUUGGAUGAAGCAACUUCUUCAGUGGAUCCAAUAACUGACAAUUUGAUUCAGAAAACCCUGAAGCAACAAUUUUUCGAAUGCACAGUGAUUACAAUAGCACAUAGGAUCGCAUCUGUUCUUGAUAGUGAGAAGGUCAUUCUUCUGGACAAUGGUAAAAUCGCAGAGGAUGACUCGCCAGCAAAACUUCUGGAAGACAAUUCAUCGUUAUUUUCGAAACUUGUAUCAGAAUACACCAAGGGAUCAGAGUAUUAAACUAUGUAGAUGAAAGAGGGGCCAAAUAUAUCACCGAAACUAAAUUUUUGGCUUAAAUUUAAAUAUUCUUUCUUGGUAACUUGUUGCAACAUGAUCAGUUGUGUAUUCGGAAUGUGCAAUGGAACAUUCAUAUAUUAUUACAUUUGCUCAUUGGUUUGC